UGACCAAGAGCUGCCAUGAUUUCUCUGGCUGAUGUCUACCACGUUGUGGCAGCCACUAUCCCUUUGUAUUUUGUCAUGAUCUUAGCCUACAUCUCUGUGAAGUGGUGGAAGAUCUUCACACCAGAACAAUGCUCAGGCAUCAACAAGUUUGUGGCAAAAUUCUCAAUUCCACUAUUGUCCUUCCAGUUGAUCUCUGAAAACAACCCCUACCAAAUGAAUAUGAGACUCAUACUCUCCGACUUUCUUCAGAAACUGCUUGCCCUCAUUUUAUUGGCAACAAUUGCAAAAAUUAAUUCCAGAGGAAGCUUGACUUGGGUCAUAACAGGGCUAUCUUUGUCAACAUUGCCCAACACUUUGAUCCUGGGAAUUCCACUCCUGAAGGCCAUGUAUGGGGAUAAAGCCGCUGGACUCCUUUCCCAGAUAGUUGUCUUGCAGAGCUUAGUUUGGUACAACCUGUUGCUGUUUCUUUUUGAGCUCAAUGCUAUGAAGGCAGUGUCAGCAACAACACCAUUAGAGGCUGCAGUGGAGCUGGAGGCCCCACAAGAAGCACAACCGAAAGAGGAAAGGGAGGAAGGAAAAACAACAGCUACAAGAAAAACCAAGACGAUGCUCAUUCUCCGCAUAGUGGGAAGAAAGCUCAUGAUGAACCCCAAUACUCAUGCAACUAUAGUCAGCCUUAUUUGGGCAUGCAUACGCUUCAGGUGGAAUGUAAAAUUGCCAGGGGUUGUUGAUGACUCAAUAUCAAUAUUGUCAAAAGGAGGACUUGGUAUGGCAAUGUUCAGCUUAGGUCUUUUCAUGGCUUCACGUCCAAGCAUUAUAGCAUGUGGGACCCGGCUGGCAGUAUUAGCCAUGGGAAUGAAGUUCUUAGUAGGCCCUGCAAUAAUGGCAGCAUCUGCCAGUAUCACUCUCUCGAGGGGCACCUUGUUUAAAGUGUCAAUUGUGCAGGCAUGCCUUCCUCAAGGAAUUGUUCCAUUUGUUUUUGCCAAAGAGUAUGAUAUCCAUCCAGACAUCUUGAGCACCGGGGUAAUCUUUGGCAUGCUCAUUGCACUGCCAAUAGCAUUGGUCUACUACUUCCUACUGGCAUUGUAAGCUAUAGUGCAACCCAAACGAUAUGAUUCUGGCAUAACCAGGAGAGGGCUGAAGCAUGCGGGAUGGAUAGUGGAGGUCUAAUUCAAUUUAUUCAAAGUUCUUUGAAAUGUGAUAUGACUAAUUUUACACAAGGUAUAUUCACUAAGACUAUUAGCAAGCUUACAAAUGCAUAAUGUGAAAUCAGUUGUGUAAUUUUACUGCUUUGAUAUACAUUAAGGAAAAAAAUAGUAGAAAUUCAAGGGAAACAUGUGAUGUGAACAGGGACAGAUA